GUUCACAUUGUGUACAUGGGAGAGCUUCCUAAGGGAGAUUUCUCUGUUGCAUCCACCCACCAUUCCAUGCUUAAAACUGUUCUUGGGAGUAAAUCAUCAGUCAAGGACUCAUUAAUCUAUAGUUACGGGAGGAGCUUCAAUGGAUUUGCAGCAAACUUAACAGAUGAAGAAGUUGAGAGUUUCUCGGACAUGGAAGGUGUAGUCUCUGUGAUUCCAAACCACAUACUAAAACUUCACACCACAAGGUCAUGGGACUUCAUGGGUAUUAGUAAAGACACUGUUGGUCCACCCAAAGAAGGAAACGUCAUUGUUGGGCUUCUAGAUACAGGAAUCUGGCCAGAAUCUGAAAGCUUUAACGAUGAUGGUUUUACUGCUCCGCCAGCCAAGUGGAAAGGAAAAUGCACAGGUGCCAACUUCACCUGCAACAACAAGCUUAUUGGAGCCCGCUAUUACAACAGCGAGAACUUGUAUUUCCCCGGGGACUUCAAAUCUCCAAGAGACUCUGAAGGCCACGGAACUCAUACUUCGUCAACUGCAGCAGGGCGUGAAGUGGCGGGAGCAAGCUACUUAGGGUUAGCUAAUGGGACUGCCAGAGGAGGAGCCCCUUAUGCAAGAAUUGCCAUGUACAAGGUCUGCUGGGCAUUUGGAUGCUCUUCUGCAGAUAUUCUUGCAGCAUUUGAUGAUGCAAUAGCUGAUGGUGUUGAUAUUCUAUCAGUCUCCCUCGGUUUUCCUUGGCCAAUACCCUACUUAGAAGAUCCUAUUGCCAUCGGUGCCUUCCAUGCUAUGAGAAAGGGUAUAUUGACCUCAAACUCCGCUGGAAAUUCCGGGCCCUGGCCUGCAACAGUUUCUAACUAUGCACCUUGGACACUGACUGUUGCUGCUAGCACCAUUGAUAGAAAAUUCAUCGCUCAAGUAGCGCUUGGAAAUGGAAAAGUUUACAAUGUGAGUGAAUAUUCAUCACUCCCACCAAAUUCUCAUUUCAAAUAA